AUGGCACAUUCAGUAGUCGAAAAUGAACAAACUACAAUGUAUCACUGGUUCUCAUCAUGGAGCAAACGUCAAAAAGAAUACUUCCUAAAAGAUCUGAUCAAUAAAGCUGUCCCUGCGGACGUAACUACAUUGUUUGAUGCGAUGCAGUCUUUUAAUGUUGACGAUAAACCUCCAAGUAUUUUUACCUGCCAAUUGAGACUCUUUACAAGCUGGUUUGAAGAAUGGAAUCAACUUGAACGCGAUAAAUUCAUACGUCAUCUAGGAGAAAUCGACAGAAAUUUUAUAGAACAAUUUCAAAACGGUAUUCAAAGUCGACUUGAAGAAAACAUGGAAUAA